CGGGAAGUCGUUUUUUUCUCCAUUUUUGUUCCUUUUUUUUCCCCCCUCCUUUCAUUUUGAAGCCACGAUCGCAGCAAGCAAAACCAGAACCACCCCCACACCCCCUUCCCCGUCCGCUUGGGGUCCUUUUGACCCCGUCAAAUAGUAUCCGUCUUUUGUAAGGAAUGUGGAAACGGCCACGUCAACAAGGUUAUCGUUUUCAAACGUGUGAAUGGGUGCGUCCGCCUCGACCCGAAACCCGGAGGCAGGCCGAGGUCCUACCUUUCUUUCCUUCUACUUAAAGCAAUUACAGGCCUGUGCCCACAACUAUAAUGACAGUAUGAUGGGAUGGCAGCGCAGCGGCAAUAAAAGCCACCCAUGACAGAUUAACAGUGCCGUGCAAAUCCUGAACUGUAAUUAACAAUCGAGACGGCUGCAAGAUAAAGCGGCCCGCUUCGCUGAUGUUAAACGCAGACAGUCGCGAAGAGCUGCGGCUUUCAAACGGCUGCAAUCAACUAAUGCUGUUUAAUUUUACGGCUUCUAUUUAGAUCAGCAUUUUCUGGGGAGUGAGAUUUUGUUUUUUUACACUCCGUUGUAGUCACGUAGUCCGGAUGCAGCCAGUCAUAUACUGCCAGUGCACACGCAAUACACGAUCAACAAAUGUUUUGCAAAUCUUGGGUGUUAUAAUUCACGAGUAAUCUCCCAAUUUAGGGUCUAUUUUUUUUUUCGUUACGUUUCGAUUGUACUUCAUUGGUUGUAUAUUAUGUAUUACAUGCAGCCACAUAUAUAUUUUUUGAAAACUAUACCUUAAUAUUCUUGUGGAAAAAGUCUAGAAUUUUGCGGCAUAACUGCUAAUAUUAGCUACUAACUGUUCUGCUGGUUGGCAAUGCCCUAUCCCCUUCACCAUUUGUUAAUUUUUAUUAAACAUUAUCCAUUAGGAUUGUAUAUUAUUGUUUUUUAAGUUUAAUUAAAGCAUGGUUAAUAUAGGGAUCACUUUUACCGCGAGUGGUUAGUUUUUCUUUUUUUUUGUUUUACAUUUAAAGGAAACUUGUACAUUAUUUGAUUAAGAUUUCUAUUUGUUGUCAUUUGUAGAGUUUCGUGCGGCACAAAUGUCAAAGACCUCAGGUAAUCUUAUCCUGGCGAAAUUUUACUUUGUCGUUUACUAAAACUGGCGCAAAGCUAUCAGUUUUACCCUCUCAUGCUAACUCUCUAAGCUAACCGACAGUUAGCUGUCAGCUUUUUUAAAAUUAUUACUUGUGGGAAAUGUAAAAUGGAUCUGUUGGUCUUUGUUUUAUGUUGGUAGUUAUUAUUUAUGUGUUUAAAAAAAAUGAAGACUAACAUACAGUAAAGAAAUAUACAAUUUUGGCUUUCUAGCUGAAUGCUAAGCUAACCGGCAUUUACCUGUCAGCUUUUUAAAAAACGUAUUACUUGUGGGAAAUGUAAAAUGCAUCCGUUGGUCUUUUUUUUUUGCUGGUAGUUAUUUAUAUUUUUCAAAAAUGAAAAGACUAACACACAGCAAAGAAAUAAACAGUUUUGGCUUUCUAUCUGGAAGCUAAGCUAACAUGCGUUAUGCUAAGCUAACCAGCAGUUAGCUGUCAGCUUGUGUAAAAUUAUUACUUGUUGGAAAUGUAAAAUGUAUCUGUUGGUCUUUGUUUUAUGUUGGUAUUUGUUAUUUAUGUGUUUCAAAAAUGAAAAGACUGACCAAAAAACAGCAAAAAAAUGUUCAGUUUUGGCUUCCAAUCUGGAUGCUAAGCUAACAUGCGGGUCGCUGGCAGCUUCCAUCUCCAUUGACGGGCCACUUGAGGAUUUAUUUUUAGAAAAAAAUCAAUAAAUUCAACACUGUAAGUCCCUCGCUGCCUGUGCCCACUUUGGCGAGAGAGUGUAAUGGCUCUUGUCCACAAGUUACACCCCCCUUCCCCAUUCGUUAGCAUCCCGCCUCCCAACCUCCCACACACCGGCCGCCGCUCAGCCCCGCCCCGCCUCCGGCUCUCCACGACUCCGGGGGCUGCGUGGCUUCCUCGUCGCGGCCCGUGAUGGAGCUCUACCCCGCAGCAGGUCUGCACACAAGCCAGCAGACCCCGCUUCAUCUCCCCUAAAAAAGCAGCCCAACAACCGCGAGGACUUAUUUUCGUACAUCUUUGAGCUUCUUUUGAUUCCUGUUUUGCGUUCUUGGAGGGUCAAAUGAGCUUUUGGGGUCGUCCAUCAAGCCUGUGUUAGUUCAUUCUGGGUGGGCUAUGCAUGCCGGUUGGCCCCCCCAAUGUGGUGGUCGGAGGUGAGCAACCAGGUCAGGUGAAACUUAUCAUGGGCUGAGUUUUUUUGUUUGUGUUAUCCGCAGGACGGGCACUGAAGAAAUAGACGCAUUUCCAGACGAAUUAGCUUUAAUUCUCUUUUAAGUGUGGGGCUAUAAUUUUACUUUGGGAGGAGCUCGCGUAGGUGCUAAAGGAAACCUUGGAUUAGCUCCCUCGCUGAAAGUCAUUUUUUUCUUUUAAAAAAAACACACACACUGGAAUUUAGUAAUGUCGUCCACCAGUUACGUAAGUUUUUACAAUGAUACUUUAACUUUUUUAAGCGUUUCUUUGUGAGCAGGUCGUGUGUAAUUGUCGGUUGAAGUUGACGAGCGGUCAGUGGUUUACACUUGGGCCUAGCUAGAUUUUUUUUUUUUAAAUAAUGUGCUUUUUGGGAGUAGUAUUUGUUUAUCGUGGUGGGUUCAACUCCCUGCCGCACGAGUUCAAGUGUUGGCUUUGAGUUACUUUGUCCCUUCCCUUCAAGGAGGUAUUUUUACCUCCUCCCCCGGAAAAAAAAAAAAAAGUCCGACUGCCCCCGCGGCCGCGCACCGACUCUCUCCCGGACAAUGUGGCUGUCUCGCCUGGCUCUGCUGCUCCUCCUCCGGCUGUCCGUCGCGCUGGUCAAGGGCAUCAACACGUGCGCCUUCAUCAACCUGGACGAGCAGAAGUCGCGGCGCAUCGAGGCGGUGCGCGGCCAGAUCCUCAGCAAGCUGCGCAUCCAGAGUCCGCCGGACGACGACGACGAGGCGGCUGCUGCCGCGGCGGCGGCGGCGGCGGUGCCCCCGGAGGUCAUGUUGCUGUACAACAGCACUCGGGAGCUGCUCAAGGAGAGAGCGCGGAUGGCCGAUUCGACGUGCGAGCGGGAGAGCAGCGAGGAGGACUACUACGCCAAAGAAGUGCAGAGGAUCGACAUGCUGCCCUCGCGCACGCAGACCAACACGGUGCAGCCCCAGCCGCCGGACCCGCAUUACCGAAGCGUCCUUUUCGACGUAAGCAGCGUGGACCUGACAAACAGCACGCUGGUCAAGGCCGAGUUCAGGAUCUUCCGAGCCCCCAACCCGCAGGCCCGGGCCUCCGAGCAGAGAGUGGAGAUCUAUCAGCUGCUGAAGCCAGACGAGCGGAGCUCAUCCACGCAGCGCUACGUCGACUCCCGCACCGUGAAGCCGCGAGCGAGGGGAGCCUGGCUGUCCGUGGACGUCACCGAAACCGUCAAGGACUGGGUGUCGGCGCCAGAGAAGAAUCUGGGCCUGAAGCUGGGCGUCCACUGUCCCUGCUGCACUUUUGUCCCCUCCACCAACAACAUCGUUCCCAACAAGAGUGAAGAACUGGAGGCUCUCUUUGCAGGCGUGGACGACGAACAGCUGCGGCAGCUGAAGAAGCAGAGCCAGGUGAAAGGUCAGGCGGAUUUCAGCAGCAAGACGCCUCACCUCAUCCUCACCCUGCUGCCCAGUGACCGGGUGGACAACCCGACCAAGAGGAACCGCAAGAAGAGGGCGGCGGCCGCCACCGACGCCGCCACCUGCUCGCGUGGUUCAGAGUCGGGCUGCUGCCUGCGCUCCCUCUACAUCGACUUCCGGCGCGACCUCAACUGGAAGUGGAUCCACGAGCCCAAAGGUUACAAGGCCAACUUCUGCGCCGGCAACUGUCCUUACCUCUGGAGCGCCAACAACCACUACAACAUGAUCCUGCCGCUGUACAACAAGCUGAACCCCGAAGCGUCGGCGUCGCCCUGCUGCGUCCCCCAAGACCUGGAGCCGCUCACCAUCAUGUACUUCAUCGGGCGCAGCCCCCGCGUCGAGCAGCUCUCCAACAUGGUGGUCAAGUCCUGCAAGUGUCGCUAGAGACCGCUCGCUGAACUUUCUCUCCCAAGAAUGACGGCCAGAUGCGCGUCCACUGGGAUAAAAACUGCAUUUCCCACAAGGCCUUGUUUCUACGGGAGCCGGAUUGGUACAGACACGCUUCAAUGUUAAGGUUAGCUAGAUGUGGCAAAAUAUGCUUUUUCAGUAGAUAUUAAAGCUGCUACUGAACUUAAAAAUGCUUUUCAUGUGGUACUUUUGGAUAGAAAAAAUAUUGCCUUACUUUAGCCAGCUACCUUUGAGACCCCACAGCUCAGUGGCGAGAGCGUUUGUUUGGUAAGGCAGGGGUUGUGAGUUCAAACCCCACAGGGGCCUCCGCCGCCAAUUAAUGUCAUGUCACGCCGUGAUGACCUCUGAUGGGAUAAGCCGAAAGAAAUUUGCUCUUGCUGUUAAAAUGACUUUACUAAUCUCAUUUCAAUAAAUAUUUGGCACAGAAGUCACUAAAUUAGCUAACAUAAAUUGUUCAUAAGAGUUAUCAAAACUAUAUCCAUCAGUGAUAUUUUCUAGAUGACCGCUGUAAUACCCGAUUGUGCAACUUGUCCAAAUUUAAUUUCGCAACAACAGUAACAGUAAAUUUUUGUAGUCUUCCAUUAAGGAUGAUGCAUUUUUUGCGUGUGUACUUAACUGAAGGAAGACGUUUGCAAACAUCUGCUUUUGCCCGUUUUCCGACACAUUACGAACCAGACAAGUAACCGAAUCCAAAUUGGUUUCCAAUUACGACAUUUUGUGUAUGUCAGAGAACACAGAUGAAACGUGAAAUAUUUUUCCAUCGUUAAUUUAUCCGAUCGGUCUGAGGACUGCGGCCACGUCUUUGGAAACCUAUCCAUUCUCAAAAUAAACCCUUAUGUUAUGAAAACAUGAUUUGCAGCCAUAGUAUGUAUGAAUUAACCUGUCAUGUGAUUAAUCAAUGGAAUAAUUGAUAAUAAAAAUGGCACAGCAGUAACAUUUUACUGUUGUCAUUUCCCACAAGGCCUUUCUAGCACAUGCUAACGCUAGUGCUAGCUUUAAUAACUUUUAACAUAGAAGUGAUUAUUCAGUGUGAAAAUUCAAACAAUUAAAAUUUAUUUUUGUAUUUUUUUUUAAAAGCUGAAGAUGUAAAAUAGAGUUUAAAUAAGGGCAAAAUUUCACUUGAUUAAAAUCCCUAUUGCCUCCUAAAAUGUAAAAAUAUUACCAAAAAAAAUCCAUAAAACAUUUCAAACAUAUAGAUCAUCACAUUGUUAGAAUCGUGUUUUUGACAAGCUUGGAAAUGAAGAGGAUCCUAGCUAGCAAGUGCUCCUUUCUAAAUUGUAUAGAUUGAUGUAGACGCAUAUCCAAUUUUAGUGAUUUCUACUACCUGAAUUAUGAAUAUGAUAGCAAGUAUGUCUUUUCUAUUCAAGUUCUUCACCCCUAAAAAACACUUUCCCAGUUUUACUUGUAAACCCAAACAACCAAAGGCAAAUUUUUAUCCGUUCUACUGCAGCAAUCGGUAGAUUCUUGUUCUCCUUGGCACAUUUUAGUGUAUUACGUAUUAAUUGAAAUAUCCGCCGCCCCCCCCCUCCCCAAAAUGCCAUAAAACUACCACAUACAGUGUGUCCAGCCAAGCCAAAAAGUAAACAACAAGUGCAGUGUUGAAUUGUGC